AUGAGUAGAGGAGUGCGGGAUCUUCGAGAUCUGAUAUGCAUCUCACGGUCGAGUUAUCAAGAAGAUGAAACAUGUUCAGAAGAUGAUGAAAAGGUUCUACCAGAGUUUUCUAGACUGUCUUUCUGCACUGAGCAUGCAUCUUCAGAGUCUGAAUGCUCGCAGUGCUUCGCACGGGAUGCUCGUAUUGUUUCACCUGACUCUGGGUGCAUCAUAAAUGAAUCAUCAGGCAUCUGUUGUUCAAAUACUUUGAAUCUGUCAGGGGAGAUCUUGACUGACAGAGACAUGCUGCACCACACAAAUUCAAGUGAAAACAUGCUGCACCACACAAAUUCAAGUGAAAACAUGCUGCACCACACAAAUUCAAGUGAAAACAUGCUGCACCACACAAAUUCAAGUGAAAAGUUACUUAGCGAAUCAUCAGCAAAUGAAGAGUCAUUGAGCAAAGCGUCAUUAGCAGGAAAGUCUAAAAUUACAAAAUCAGCCAAGAAAAGAAGGAAAAAGAAAGGAAAUAACUCAUCAUUGAUAUCUUCUAGACAUGAACUUCCUCAAUCACCAAUAUUGCUGCCAGUUCAAGGACUUCACAAUAGUUUGAUCGAAGUUAACCAGAAUAGAACCACAAAUCUAAAUAAGCCCAUACAAGUAAAUGGGCUUAAUGAGUCAGAAAAGAAAAUAAAUUUUGAUGAUAUACUUCCUUAUAUGGAUGCAACUCUUGUAAGCAACUGGUUGACACGAUCAAAUGCAUCCAUCCAAGAACUUUCCAAGUUUUUCAGUAAGGGAGACAACUUUGUCCAGUUUGCCCACUUUUGGUUGUCUGAAUUCCAGGAUAUACAAAGGAGAGAAAUUUUUUCGAUGGAAUAUGAAAUUUUGCUGGAGGAAAUUUCUUUAGCAUUUGCUGUUGGAAAGGAAAGCAGGAAAGUUGUGAGGAAGGAUAUUUCAGAACUUUGUGAGGCAGUGUUUAAGGAGUUUCCAGUGAAGCUGUUGGCUCAGAAUGGGUCUUGUGUGUUUUUAGAUUAUUUAGAUAUUAUGUCUUCUGAAAAGCAAGACAGGUACAAGAAGUUACUGUCAGAUGCUCACUGCUCAACAUCCAAUCGCCAGUACGCCCAGUGGCUUUUGGCCACACGCUGUUUUGCACUAGUCAGCGUGUGGUCAGCAGUGGUGAACUUCUAUAGAAAUUUGGUAGGGACAACACAAGGGAUGCCAAUUUUAGACUUAUGCUCUACCAGAGAGAUUAUACCACACAGAAGAAUGCUACAGGCAAUCAGGCUGGGUUACACAGACGUUAUCAACUACCUGAUCACAAGUGGACAUGUGAGCCCUUUAUACUGUGACUCCCACAGAAGAUCACUCUUGUUCAUAGCUGUCAUGCAUAAUCAAACGGAAGCUGUUCGUUACCUCUUGACCUUGGAUCCCAUUGUUGUAUGCAUCAACAAGCCUUCAGACACAGGGAACACAGCUCUCCAUGCAGCCUCAAACAGUGGGACCCUGGCCAUUGUGGAUCUCUUGUGUCACUGUGAGAGUAUUGACUUGAACUGCAAAAACCCGCAGUGUGAAAACGCCACACCACUGCACCUUGCUGUCAUGCAUGGUCACACAAAGGUAGUGGAGUGCCUCCUCAGACAUGGGGCAGACCCUCAUUUGAACAUGGGAAGCACAACUGUUAGGGACCUUGCAAGGGAUUUUGAUCAUAGUGCUAUUUUGGAACUCUUAGAUAACUGA